CACGGCAGCAACAAACUAAUCUUAGCCGGAGGCUGAAGUACUACUGAUCCAGUAUGGCAGGCGCGCCGAGGAUCAUGGCGGUUCUGGCGCUCGGGCUAGCUCUCCUCUGCGCUGCCGCCGGGCCGGCCGCCGCGCAGAACUGCGGCUGCCAGCAAGGCUACUGCUGCAGCAAGUACGGUUACUGCGGCCAGGGCGACCCCUACUGUGGCGAGGGGUGCCGGUCGGGUCCGUGCUACUCGGGGGGCGGUGGUGGUGGCGGCGGCCGUGGCGCCAACGUGGCUACCGUCGUCACCGACGCGUUCUUCAACGGCAUCAAGAACCGAGCUGGGGGCGGGUGCGAGGGAAAGAACUUCUACACGCGAGGCGCGUUCCUGAACGCCGCCAACAAGUACUCCGGCUUCGCCCACGGCGGCUCCGAGGUCGAGGGCAAGCGCGAGAUCGCCGCCUUCUUCGCGCACGUCACGCACGAGACCGGACAUUUCUGCUACAUCAGCGAGAUCAACAAGGGCAACAGCUACUGCGACGCCAGCAACAGGCAGUGGCCGUGCGCAGCGGGGAAGAAGUACUACGGGCGCGGCCCGCUGCAGAUCUCGUGGAACUACAACUACGGCCCUGCCGGGAGGGACAACGGCUUCGACGGGCUCGGGAACCCGGACGCGGUGGCGCAGGACCCCGUGAUCGCGUUCAAGACAGCGCUCUGGUUCUGGAUGAACAACGUGCACAGGGUGAUGCCGCAGGGUUUCGGCGCCACCACCAGGGCCAUCAACGGCGCCCUCGAGUGCAACGGCAAGAACCAAGCACAGAUGAACGCGAGGGUGGGCUACUACAGGCAGUACUGCCAGCAGCUCGGCGUCGACCCGGGCAGCAACCUCACCUGCUAGAGGUGCUGCUUGGGUUCAUGGAUGCAUGCGUGCUUUGCUCGAGAAGGAAUAAGUACUUGGUGUUCAUACACUCUUGGGUACUGUCGCCUGUGGUGGAACCCGGAGUGUAACAAGUACACACGUACUAGUAGUUGUAAGAAUAAUGCAGGGGUUGGGCCUGCUAGUUGGACCUGAUAAUGAAACAGUUUGUAAUGUAGUAUGCAGAUUGCUGCGUUUGUACGUGUAUGUAAUGGUCACAGCAGAAAUUAAUGACCUUAGUUAUUAUUAUUGAACGAAUGUGCUACAAGAACUGA